AUCACUCGGCAUCGAGUCGAGCUGAGGGCGUGCCUGUCUGGAACGAGAUGAGCAACAAGCUUACGCUGGGUCUGCUGCAGCUGCCCGUGGGCGUCGAUGUGGCGGCAAAUGUGCGUCAGGCUGUGGACAGCAUUACGCAGCUGAAGGCUGACAAUCCGCAGCUACAGCUGGCCAUAUUGCCGGAGAGCUUCAACGGACCGUAUGCCAUCGAGCAUUUUGGCCGGCAUGCGGAGCGCGUGCCGGAGGGACGCACAUGUCAGGCGCUGUCCCAGCUGGCCCGGAAGCUGGGCAUCUAUAUUAUUGGCGGCAGCAUAAUUGAACGGGAUGACCAGAAUAAGCUGUACAAUACGUGCACCGUGUGGGCGCCCGAUGGCCAGCUAAUUGGCAGACAUCGCAAGCUGCAUCUCUUCUGCGUGAACAUCGGGCCGGAACAGCUGGGCGGCUGCCAGUUCGAUGAGGGCGACGCCUUGACAGCGGGUAACCAGCUGACCCUGGUCCAAAUUGGAGCACACAAGGUCGGCAUUGGCAUCUGUCAUGACAAGCGCUUCGAGGAGCUGGCACGCCUCUAUCGCAACCAGGGCUGCUCGAUGCUGGUCUAUCCGUCGGCCUUCUGCAUCUGCCAGGGUCCCAUGCACUGGGAGUUGCUGCAGCGCGCCCGGGCCACAGAUAACCAACUGUUUGUGAUCACCUGUGCACCUGCCCGCAACAAUAUGUCCGGCUAUGUCGCCUACGGGCAUUCCAUGAUUGUCGAUCCCUGGGCGCGUGUGCAGCGCGAGGCGGGCGAGGGCCGUGAACUGAUUGUGGAGACUAUUGAUUUCGACAUGGUGGAUGAAGUGCGUCGACAGAUUCCCAUCUACAAGCAGCGCCGCAUCGAUGUCUAUGAACGGGCCGGAGCGGACGUUUAAAACUGGGCUGCGAUCGAAAAUGUAAACAACUCUUAAUAAAAUAUAAAUAUUGAUGUGCUCGAUAGGUUGAUACCCUGUACAACCUAGAGUAUCCUUCCUCAA